AUGUCAGGCUCUGAAAUUAAAAGCGACAAGACAAUAAAAUCCGAGUCAUCUGACGAAGACACAUUCAAAUCUAAUUUAUCGGGAUCGUCGUCGUUUACGUCAGUUAAAUUAAAUAUGGCCGUGAAUACCAAAGCACCCCAGUUCAGCACGAAGAAUUCGAAACUGUGGUUUGCGCAGGUCGAAGCGCAAUUUUCAACGCACCAGGUAACAACCGAACGCGCCAAAUUUGACCUGGUGAUUCUAUUGCUCGACGCUCACGUCGCCGCAGAAGUAGAUUGGCUAAUUCUCGAGCCCCCUACGACAACUCCGUACAACGAUCUCAAGACGACUCUGAUAAAAUGCUUUACGAGAUCCGAAGAAACACGAAUUACUCAGCUCCUCGACAGAGAGAGACUUGGCGACCGGACUCCUUUGCAAUAUCUACGUCAUCUACGUACAUUAGUACCCGGUAUUGAUGACGCCAUCAUUAAAGCAGGUUGGUUUUCCUAUAUGCCAAAUGAGAUUCAAGUAUGCCUUGAAGCUAUCAGCGACUCAACGCUUGACAAGCUUGCCGAGUCAGCUGAUCGUAUGGUUGAGCAUAUAUUGCUCAAACCCCAAGUUGCCGCUGCUACAGCGAAUUAA